UGGAGCUGGCCGCGGGCAGCUUCUCCGGGGAGCAGUUCCGGGAGGCCUGCGCCGAGCUCCAGCAGCCCGCUCUGGCCGGGGCCGACUGGCAGCUUCUAGUGGAGACCUCGGGCAUCAGCAUCUACCGGCUGCUGGACCAGGUAGCGGCCAACCCGCUGGAGCACCGCGGGGCCUAGAAUGCGCCGGGGUCGACCUCCCCGCAGGGAGCGCGGGGCGGCAGUCGCGGAAGGGACAGGGGCGGGUCUUCUCCAGCUCAGGGAGGAGCUCCGCCCCGACCCUGUCUCAAGCCCUGGAGCUAGCGCAGGGGCGGUGCCUCCAAGUGACUGCGUGCAGAUCCAGGGGAGUUGGAAAGUCAUAGGAGUUCAGCCUCAGAAGACUGGACUUUAUGAAUAUAAAGUCUUUGGUGUUCUGGAGGACUGCUCACCAACUCUACUGGCAGACAUCUACAUGGACUUAGACUACAGAAAACAAUGGGACCAGUACGUUAAAGAACUCUAUGAACAAGAAUGCAAUGGACAGACUGUGGUCUACUGGGAAGUGAAGUACCCUUUUCCCAUGUCCAACAGAGACUAUGUCUACCUCCGGCAGCGGCGAGACCUGGACAUGGAAGGGCGGAAGAUCCAUGUGGUCCUGGCCCAGAGCACCUCCGUGCCUCAGCUUGUUGAGAGGUCUGGGGUGAUCCGGGUGAAGCAAUACAAGCAGAGCCUGGCGAUCGAGAGUGACGGCAAGAAGGGGAGCAAAGUUUUCAUGUAUUACUUCGAUAACCCGGGUGGCCAAAUUCCGUCCUGGCUCAUUAACUGGGCUGCCAAGAAUGGAGUUCCUAACUUCUUGAAAGACAUGGCAAGAGCCUGUCAGAACUACCUCAAGAACACCUAAGAAAGAGAAUUGGGAACAUUGCAUCCAUGGGAUGAUGUCUCUGGAAGUGCCACCACCCACCGCUGCUCAGCCUUCCCCUGCUGUUUCCAUCUUCGGAGGCCUACACACUCUACCACGUCCCUUCUAAGCAUGUUCGCCUGACAUCCAGCUCACUCGCCUGCUUCCUUUCUUACUCCCCACAUCUUGGGGUGGGCUGCCUUCUUCUGCAAUUCAAUAUGGGGCAGACUAGGGAAACCUUUGCUUGCUUACUAUUAGGAGGGGAAGUCUUCAGUAGGGAAUACAAUCAUUCCAUUGUGCAAUUUUAUGGGGAUGGGUGGGCAGAGGGACACAGCACAAUUUAAUAAUGACUAUUUGGGCAGGCUGGCUCUUUUGCAGCUUGUGAUUUGUUCCAACUUGGGAGGGGCUGCUGGAAGUGGCAUUCCAUUCAGAGCUGACUUUCGGUGCACCCAAACUGGACAACAUGUGCCAGUGGCCAUUUGCCUUAUGCCCUGUGGAGCUGAUUAGGCUGGGAUUUGAGGUGAUAAUCCAGUAAGUCGUUCCUCAUUCCUACUUGUGGAGGAUCAGUAGCUAUUAUGAUGCCAGACCAUUUGGAGAAGUAUCACAGGUCUGAGGGGGACACAUAAUAUGACAACCACAUUUUUCGUCAUCAUCCAUGUCUGGUUUUUUCUCUUUUCCAUAUGUCACUGGGGAACGGCUGCCUGUACCUCUCAAGCUUUGAAUUUUACUGGAAACUGAGGCAUCAAGAUGGCUGUGGCAGCUAGCAAAAGCAAAGAUGCUUUGUGCAUAGCCUUGUGAAAAAGUGUCUUUCUAUGCAAUAAGAUGAAUUUUCCUUCCAGAGUAUUUAGAAAUGUAGAAGGGAUAACAGUUCACAGCCAGGUAAAAUUUAACUGGUGGCUUAAAGACUCUGCAUCUUUUUCUCAGGAAUUCUGCCUAAGUUAUCUGCCUUUUCUACCACCAAAAAGACUUUUAGUUUUCUAUGGUUUCUCCUGAAUUUUGGUAGGGUACGGUAUUUCUAUAGUCAAAGGCACAGCCUUGAUGAUCUCAGGGAAAAAUUUUAAUCACUGUGUAUAAUGAUAGUAAACCUUGAUUAACAACAGAGAAAUUCAGGAUGUAAAGCCGUAGAAUGGGAUUUAUGAACGUGGGAUACCUCAGACUGUUUGUUUUCUUUCUGGAAAGAAAAGUGUGUUCUAUAAUGAAUAAAUAUAGAGUGGUUUUUA